GCGAGUCGGGCACGGAGGAAAUUAUAACUCUCACCUCUUCCACGAUGUUCCGAGCAUCUCUACGUUCACCAAUAUUCUCUCUUCGUUCAUCCGCUGCGCAAUCCCUCAUUGCCAGUCGUGUCAUCGCCGCUCGUUACCUUUCUCAAGAAGCCCGUGCACAAAUACAAAAUGCAGUCGAAUCGAGUCCUGUAGUACUUUUCAUGAAGGGCACACCAGAUCUCCCUGAGUGUGGAUUCUCAAGGGCUGCUGUCCAAGUACUGGACCUUCAUCGUGUGCCGCCGGAGAAAAUGAAAACAUACAACGUCCUUGCUGACAGCGAACUACGCAGUGGGAUCAAGGAGUUCUCAGAUUGGCCAACAAUACCUCAGCUGUAUGUGAAUGGUGAAUUCGUUGGUGGAUGCGAUAUUCUUUUAGGCAUGCACCAAUCUGGAGAGCUCGAAAACCUUCUAGUAGCCAACAACGUUAUUCCCAAGGUAGAAGAAGAGACUGAGGUACAGGCUGCGAGUGCCUAAAGAAUGUAGCCGGAGUCGGAUUAUGGAUAUAUGAUUGAGCCGAGUGAUACUUUUGGGGUCGAUCUUAUUAAAUGACUGCUGGCAAUUGUUCUAGAAUCAUAUUGUCGUUGUAUUCUUAUAGUGAAUGUACUCACCUAUACAUAUAGAUUAAUCUCCUCAUUCAUUAUCAUUAUGAUUCUGAGGCUCAUUCCGGAGUAUAUUCCACAACCCCGCCAGACAUAUCUACAUGUCCUCUUCUAACUUUCUCCCCUCGGGCUCGUACAAGGUCCUCUACUGUUCGAAGCUUGCCCUCUUCAGUACUUUCUUUGAACCAACCUAAAUGGUCUGCGAUCAAAUGUC